UUUUUUUUUCUUGUUUGUGGAGUUAGGCCUAGACCUUACUGCUUUUGUAUUUGAUGGGGUAUUUGGGAUUUGGCCCCUUCCUCCUUUCCUUUCUAAAAAAUUGCAUCCUUAAAAAAGGAAAUCCUGAACAUACACUUGCUAAAAUAAAUAUUAAAGUAAAUGCCAGUGGGCAAUUCAUAUUUCAUAGAGGACUACCAUAAUUCUGAUUAAAUUUGUUGAUCAGGUUUGACAAUUUAGUAGCAUUAUUUGUUCCUGCUGUGUCGAUUAAUAUGGGAAAGCAAUUGCAUCGCAAAUCCUCCAGCCUCUCAUUCGAGGACCACAAUCGGGGCUGCAUGUCAGGUGUUUUUAAUAUCCUUGACUUCCAUCAAUGGCAUAAUGUCAAAAGGAUGCUACCAUACAAGAGGCAUGGAUGUGGAAGACAUUCUGGGGGCCCUAAAUAUUCAAAAAUGGAUCAGAAUAUCCCCAAUACCAUUGACAAAGAAGAAUCCAUGGAUGCUGAAGUGAACAAAUUGCUUAUAGAAGAAAAAAUGACUGGGACGAGCCCAACCAACAAGAAAUCCAGCAAAGCCCACAUCAAAACACUAAUUGCUGAAGAAAUGUCAAAAGAAGAUGACCACGAAUGCCAGACUUCAGCAUUCCCUGCACAACUACAGCUAAUGCGUACUGAUUCCAUCCAUCAUUUGGAACCUUCAAAUAAUGGUUGCUUUGAAGAUAUGAGGGUAAAUGGCAAGAGUCCAAGAAUUGAUCCUAACCAAUAUAAUGCUAGUUCGGUUGCAAGCAAGCUGGUUCCAGACAUGCUAAAGCCUCCUGAGACAGAUUUCUGCAGUAAACAUUGUGAGGUAUCUGGAACAAUGAAUGCUGUAAACAACUUCGGGAAUGUUCAAAUUGCUGAAUUGGAGAUGCAGCUAAUUGAGAAUCAUUCACAUUUUCAGGAUAAGUUGGACAGGGGCAUUCCAAAGAAGUACAUGGAUGCUAAGGAUCUCAUAAGAGAAGCUUUAUUCCCCCUGUCAAAGGAAUUUUCGGAUGUUCAGGAGAAAUUUCAGGCAAACAAGGAAUUAUUUUUAAAAAUUCUGCAAGAUCCAGACUCUUCUCUGGCAUAUCAGUUCCAGAACGUCCAGAUAUCCAGUGCUAAGAGGGAAUUGACCAAGUCAGAUUCGUUCCCUGUAGCUUACUUGUCAUGUAGAAAUAAUGUUAGGUCAAGCAAACUCAAACACAAGCUGAGGGAAAUUAGAUCUUUUACAAAACCAGAGGGGCAGUUGCAAGCUAGGAGUUCAUCUGCAAAGUUGGCCACAACUGAUUCUUCAGAUGACACAGUCACACAGCCUUUCCCAUUGAUGACUGAUGGUAAUGAGAAAGAAAGGAUAGGAACUGCUGAACCUGGUAAUGUCUCAGGUUAUUCUCUGGGCUCAUCCCAUGAAUUGAAGAACCAAGUGGCUACAAAUCGUUUAAAAAGUAUUAAGCGGAGGAUAAAACAUGCAAUCAGAGGUAGUGGAAAGGAACGUCACCGGAUAUCCAUGGAUGCUAUCUUUCAUAGAAUCCCUUAUGGCCGUAAGCAUUUCAAGAAUGGGAAGAAGGGGAUGUCUGAUCACUGGAAGGAGCUCACAACCGAUAGUGAUUAUAAGGACAGCCCUAGGAAUUAUGGGAAUGACAGCCCUAUUUGUGCUCUUGGCAAGGGUGGACUCCAUCCCCUGAGAAGAACAGCCUCUCUUAGUGAAUCACUGGAUAGAUACUCUCAAUUGUUCGAGUCUACUUUCAGCAAAGAAGCUAAGCAACAUCUAUCUUGCAGAUUAAAGCUGACAAAUGAAGAUGCGGGAUCCCCUGGUGGACCUGCCCCAAAAGCCUUGGGCAGGAUUCUAUCUCUACCCGAACUCAAGUCUUUUUGUUCUCUGCAAAGUGAGGUGUCUCAUGAUACUUCUUGUUUGGGGAUGCCAAGUGGCACUCAUAUGGACAGCCCUGCUAAUAUGGAAAGGUCCAGUCAAAAGCUUGCUGUUCUUUCUGUAGGUACAGAAAAUGAGAGCAAGUCAGAGGCUUCUGCAGAAAAUGCAAGUCAAGAAAUCUUGGUGGAAGUGAGUGAAAGUAGUCUAAUUCAGGAGGAUCAGGUGGAACUGAUACUCAAUGCAGAUGAGGAUAAAUCAAUUGAUGAUUUGGACAACCAAACAAUGCUGGAGAAUAUAUCUAUUUCUCACUAUCUACAGGAAGUUGAGCCUGCGCCAGAUGCUUGUAUCAAACAGGCACUACCAAGUCCAAACUCUGUUCUAGACUCUGACACUUCAGAAUUUAUCAUCACAGAAGAAGCAGAUUACGGGUUGAAACCCAGGCCCGUUGAUUUCAAUGAGCUGGAUUCUCCAUAUGCGAAUAGGAGCACAAUGGAGAUUGAGAAUGUGAAAAGUCUGAGCAAGCAUUUUGAUAGUGGCCUUCCCCAUGUCCAGGUGGAUAAAAAGGAUGAAUCCAACUUCAAAUAUGUGAGGGAAGUGCUCAAGCUAUCAGGCUUCAGUGGGAAUGGGAACCUCGGUACAUGGCAUUUACCAGACCAGCCAGUUGACCCUUCAUUGUUUGAAGAAGUAGACUGUUCCAGACAGGAAACUGGUAGCAGUUUUGAUCACCGGCUUUUGUUCGACGUAAUUGGUGAUACCUUAAUAGAUAUCUAUGAGAGAUCAUUCAUGUACUGGCCAAGACCCUUGUCCAUCAACUUGAACAUCCGUCCAAUGCCCGUGGGGUGCCAUGUUCUUGAGGAGGUAUGGACCAGUAUUAGCUGGUUUCUAAGUUAUCAACCUGAGAUUGGUCAAUCAUUGGAUUACAUUGCGGCUCGUGAUCUUGCUAAGGCUGAUGGGUGGAUGAACCUCCAGUUUGAAAGUGAGUGUGUUGGACUUGAACUUGAGGAGUGGAUAUGGGAUGAUCUUCUGGAUGAACUUAUGCUUGAGCUUGAGGUGACCUAA